AUGAGGCCAACAACAAGCAACAUGCUCCAGCAGAAUAACAACAACAACUACCCCUGCCUGAAUGUGUCAGGCUCUACCCGGGAGAUGCUCCAAAAGUGCUCCAGAGCCUCUCUGCCCUUCCCCAGCCGACUGGAGCUGGGCCUGGGAGACCUGCCUCUGAUCCGGGGCCUUCGAGCCUGGGCCCUGUGCUCCAAGAACCGCCGGAAGGCUGGUGGUAUGCUGGGAGGAGGACAAGCCCCCACAGCUCCUCCUGCGGGCCAUUGGGGUUCGACUUCCUGCCCCAGGCCUGCAGACGUGUACCUGAGUGGGGAGUGGGGUCGCAUGGGGUAUGGGCUUCCCUUGGGACUUGAUGCCAGGCAGGCUGGGAUUGGAGCUUUGGUAACAGUUGCCACUCUGAAGACCUCAGAGGGCAGCGGGAAGACACAGACUCAAUGCCUCUUCCUGCGGACUGAGAAAGGGAGCUGUUUGUACUCCACAGCUAAGCCCAGUUCUGGUGUGACUACCAGUGGAGCCUCCAGCGUGGUUGGGGGAUGGCUGAGAGGAAAGACAGGAGGAGGAGGAGGCAGAGACAUCCCAGCCGGGAGGAGGGACAAUGGGCAAACUCUCCCUACACAUAACGGAGUAAACCGGGUCAGGGUGCGAUCUGGCCGGAGAUGGAGGAAGUCCAGUAAUGCAGCAGCCCGUGAGAAAACAGGCGUGAGCAGAGAGAGGCAGCAGAGCAGCAGGGAGGAUCCUGCUGAAGAAAUCACUCUGGAAGAAAGGCAGGAAGAGCGAGACAAAGGAGGCCUGGCCACUAAACAGUUUUCCAGCCCGCAGCAGGACAGCAGGAGAGCCAGACAAGAGAAAGAGGGAGCAUGCAGAAGUCCUCGAUGUUGCCACAGUGCUUCUCCCAAAACCUGUACUCAGUGUGGAAGGACAGCACAAAGGAGGGGAAGCCAGGAUGAACAUGAGGGAGGUGAAAGUCCAAGAAGAGGCGCCCAAAACAGGCUGAAUAGUGAGGAAACAGGAAUGAAGAAGGAGAGGCAAAAAAAUGAAGAGGAGGAGAAGGGAGGCCUCUGUGCAGUAGAGUCAUCUAACUCUGUUUUGGCUGUACCAAGCCCUGACCUAGAAUCUAACCUCUUUCAGCCAGAAUCCCACAGCAGCUGUGAUGUUGAAGAGAUUAAAGAGGCCGAGAGUAACGAGGAGCUGAAGACACAAACCUCUCACAGCAAGGAGAAGUAUUCAAAGACAGAGCAGGAUACAAAUGAGGUUAUGAAAAUACAUACUGGAAACAGUGGUUUAACUCAUGGCCCCUUUGGGCAGAUUACUGAUGACGUAACAUCAAGACAUAAUAGAGAAUUUGAAACCCCCUGUGAAGAAGCAGAGGCAUUUGUGAAUGGAUUAUCUGAUCAUGUAUCAGCAGAUCAAGAAUUGGAGAAAGAAAUGGAGAGUGUGGAAGAGGAGAGAGGGAGCAUCAGUCAGACUCCUGCUAAAUUCUCGGUUGUAUCCGACUGCAAUGAGGAAAUCUCUGUCUCCACCUGCCCUGCCUCCGUCAGCGCUGCAGUCUCCCCCAAGCCCUCCACUCCUAUAGAGGGCAGCACCUGUGAUGCUGACCAUGAGACUUGUGGUGUUCGAACAGAGCAAGAGAACAGCAGAGAGGAUUGCCUUGAGGGGUAUCAUUGUGGGGUAGCAGACCCUGGAAUCAUUGGUAAAAAAGAACUGAAUGUUAGCAGAUUAGAGCAACAAGAACCAACCUGUGCGGCUGACGAGAACAAAAAGGAAAACUCAGAGUUUUUCUUUGAAAACGUAGAAAACAGCAGCAAGUUAGAGGCAAGACAGACUUCAUCUUCACCUCUAAGACAUGGAGAUCCUUCUGUCUUUGAGACAGACAGGAGGAUCGUAACAGAAAAUGGUUGCAACUAUGGUACAACUGAGCUUGAAGGAGCAGAGCAAAGAGAUGAACUGGUGUGGGGAAAUAGAGAAGAGGUGUCACAUGAAGAGAAUAUAGAGGAGAGAGUAAAUCCUGAGGAAGGGGAUGAAGCUUUGAGGAGGGAGUGCAACUGCAACGAGCUGGACGAUGGUGAUGGUAAAGGAGAUGACAACCAAAAACAGCACACUGAGGAUGACAUGAACAACAGUACUAUACAGGAGGAUAAUGAUGAAGCAAUGAGAAACUGUGCACUAAAAGACAACUGGAGGUUAGAGGAGUCUACAGAUGGAUGCAGUGGAAGGGAGGAAGAGGAUGGAGACACCUGUGGACAAACAAGCAUCACCUAUGUUGAGGCAAAUGGAGAGACCAGCGCUAACGUUGCCUGUGGUGAUCCCUCCACCUCUCUUGCACUCUCCUUGGUUAAUCCUGCCUCGUCUUUGCCCCCCCUGGGAUCCAUGGCAACUGGCCUGCCCUGGCUGGAGGCGGAGAAAGAGGAGGAGGAAGAGGAGGAGGAAGGGGUCGGAGUGCUGACAGGAGAGAGAAAAGAAGGCCAGCAAGGAAAGAGGAGGCUUGGAAGACAACUGAAGGAGCAGGGCGAGGAGGAGAGGGGCUCCACCGUGGCCACUGAGGAGGGGAGGAGAGAGGAGGGGGAGGAGGAGGAGGAGGAGGAGGAGGAGGAGGAAGAUGAAUUUGGAGUAUUCAUGCAGGCGGAGGGAGAGCCGGCUUGGAGCGAAGGAUACACCAUGUCUGCCUCAGUGCCUUGUGGGAGCAGAGAGAGUGUUGCACCUGGAAACCACGCCAUCACCGGGGAGUCGACCCACUGGACCCCAGGCUGGAUGGACAGCUCAUUCCACCAAUCAGACGAUACCUGGACAGCCUUUCCUCAGAAUUCGUCAGAUGAAGGUCGGGACAUGGUGGGACGGUGGUGGCCAACCAGCGCUGUAGAGGAGAGCAGAGACAGGCUCUCAACUAACCAGAAUCUGGCGUCUGUCUUUGCUGAAGCCUUCCCGUCCUUGCCUGGUUCGUCCUCAAGUGACCCUUGUGACCUCGAUACUGUUCCCACACUGACCCAGCUCCUCAGGGGCAAAGCCAGCCAGGACCAGGGGCUGUUGGACAGUUUCCAUGACUUGAACAAAAUGAUUUGCCAGCGAUACAAGAGAGCGGAUGGUGUGUCUCGUGACCUGCUGCUGAGGACUUUACACCUGGAGCAGCCGCAUACUGAAAGCAGACCUGCUCCCUGGACAGCCAAUCGCCGUCUCUCCCCUGGCCUCCCAUCAGCCAAUCAGCACGCUCAGAACGCUGCCGCUAAGAGACGGCUGUCAUAUGACUACAACAGAAACAUCAUGGAGUAAGCGCACAGCUAAGCUCUGGUUGGACUGUGAUUCAUAAACAUUUAUCUGAGGAACUGCAGACCGGACUAACACAGGUUUCUCAAGACUCUGGAUUGACAACGUGUAUACUAUCUGCUUGUCAAAUACUGACAGACCUUUUGACUAUUUGCACACUUCCUGGUUAUUUAAGCCUGAGCCGGUGAGAAGACGUAACCUGAAUGAAAACGGAGCCACAGUUGUAUUUCAGAAGUUGUCUCCUCCAGCUCCUGUUGUAUACUGGAGUGUUUCCAUUACACAUGUGCCACCUUGUUCACCACCACUACCCUCCAAUUUUAAUUUUCCUUUUCAACCCUGAUAACAGGAAGAUGUCAAAGACUGUUUGGAGUGCAAUGACCUGCAGUGAGAAGGUACUCAUGAUGAAAGAGAAGUCAGGAACAUUGUCAUGUCACCACAUCAAGGAAGUUUUUCUUCCUGUUAUUUUAUUAUCUCUGAUUUAAAGGUCCAGUGUGUAGGAUUUAGGGGGAUAUACUGGCAGAAAUGGUAUACAAUAUAAUAAGUAUGUUUUCUUCAGAGUAUAAUCGCCUGAAAAGACGAAUCAUUGUGUUGUCAUUACCUUAAAAUAAGCUGUUUACAUCUACAUAUUGAGCAGAACGGACAAAAAAAAACCCAAACAAACACUGGCUCUAGAUAGGGCCAUUUGUGUCAGCCAUUAUAGGUAAAAGACCCUCCACGUCAAGCAGCACAGGAGAGACAGAUUUUUUUACAUGCAGCUGUUUUACUCAGUGUUUUUACUGGUUUUAAUCAUCUGAUCUGUUUGUUUUUGAGAGGAAGAGACCUCUGCAGAUAAUUUGACUCGCAAUAAAAACCUCCUUAAUGUCUGGAUCUUAAGGUAUUUGAGAAAAUAGGUGAGCACACAUUGGCAGGUGCUGCAAUGAGCCAAACAGCGUCGGAGAAACUGAUUAGUAACGUGAAACUGUUUUUUUCAGUGUUUUUACCAGUUUUAAUCACCUGAUCAGUUUGUUUUGGAGAGGAAGAGACCUCUGCGGAUGAUUGAGCUCCAGGUCAAAAUCUCCUUAACACUGAACACUGAAGGAAUCCUAACUGGGACUUGGCACUCAGGAGAAGUUUUAGCUGGUUGUGAUCUGCAAUCCUCACUGCCAGAUGCCACCGAAUCCUACACACUGCUCCCUUAAAAUGGACGUAAAUAGAAAUUGUCUCAUUGUUUGAAUUAAAUCUUAAUGGGUUGAGCCAAACAAAAACACUGGCUUGCAAGGAAUGAAUGGUUAAAAAUAAAAAAUUACAUCAUUUUGGAAGGUAAAAGGUAUUUUGGCAAAUAAUUCGUCCCCACUCUUAUCUUUUUCUUUUGCAAAAGAUGAGGUGGUUUUUUUUAUCCAGAAUAUUGUCUUGGUAGCUCCACCAGAGUUGUCUAAUUCAACCAAUAAGAUUUGUUCUUCUUUUAGAGCAGUGGUUCUCAGCCAGGGGUCUGGGGCCACCCAGGGGCUCUUGAUGAGGUUCAAGGGGGUCCCCAGAAAAAUGGGGAAUAGUUUAUUUUCACUACUUUAUUCACAAUAGAAGUGAGCCCAGUGUGAGUAAGUCAAAAUUACUUGUGAUCAUUUGGUUUCACUUUUCUCACAGUUUUCUCCUAUAGAAUUCUGGUUUUAAUCUUAAUCUCUAAAUUGCCAGCUCAUUACUCCAUCUCUAUCUUCAGUCUGACAUUGCAUCCGCUCUAACAAAUUUCUGUGGGAGAGGCGGAUUCAAUUUUACCUAACUAAUCACUUGAGAUGCACGUAUCUCCCUGAAUCUCAUUUUUAGUCCACACUGAUGUGCAGCCAUGUCAACGUACCUGUUUUGCUGAGGUUUUAAGAUUGAAGCAGAGUAAAGUAAAAACAAACUGCAAUGUCAGGCAAUAUUGAGAAAACAUGUGAAUUGAGAACACCCUUGAUAGCAGCAUCUAUCUUGUCUACAGCGCUUGCAGUUGUUCCAGAGCUCUGCUUGACAACGGCGUUAGUCCUGCCCAUGGUGCUGACUGGCUAAUUGUAGUACCCCUGUGGCGCUCAUUGGUUGUUUUUAAUUUCAACAAAGGACCCACUGUUUCAUGUUACAAUGCCAGAUAAAUCAGUCAGCAUGAUGGAGAGGGCAGAUUCAAAGGUCUUUUCCCAGGCAAGUCUUAAUCAUAUCUAACAACCAAAAUAUUUUCAGAUGGAGGUCUUUUAAGCAAAAUCUAAUCAAAUGGGGAUAUGUGACCUAAUGAUUAUCAAUUUAGAGGUCCUUGAUACAUAAAAUGUUGAGAACCACAGGUCUAGAACAGCUCUGCCAGAAAGUUUGUAGAACUGAUAUUGUGUUCAUGUCAUAUGGAAAUGAAAGAAAGCAAUAAGAGCAAAGAUCUUUUGUUACAACUUGAAAUCACUGAAAUUAUCAGACAGUUCAAGAUGACAGUUGCCAACAUUACUGAUAAUGAAAUUGCACAUUGAAAUAAUAGUUAUUUAGCACUGAAUCAUUUGGGGCUUCAAAAAAGAAAAGAAAAUAAUUGAUAUUUGCCACAAUAGGGCUGAAUUAGUCCUAGUGAAGGAGGAAAUCAUGUUUGCUUUUUGAGCUCCUCUGUGCCAUUCCGUGCCAGGUUGGAUAUAUUGGAGCAUUCUGAAAAACUGCCCUUAAAGCUACAUUUACAAAUACAGCAACAUAAAGCUUCCGUCUGCCUCCAAAAAAUGAUGUUUUUGUUUUGUUGGAGAAAAAACAGGCAGUAAUAUAAUGCUCUUUUUUUUGUCACUUCAUUAACAUGGUGGCUUGACCUUGUAACUGCAGGAAAUCUUUAUUCAAACAUGUCAUAACAUCUCAACUCCUUACAACAAAAACCUGCAGUGUAGACGGCUGAAUGGACGCCAGUAUAUCUCUAUAGAUCUUAGCAUCAGCUGGAUGCAGAAGUCGAAGCUCAUUUUUCCCUAUCUUGUUUUUGAACUAUAAAACUACCAGGAAGUCACGUGAUCCCACUGGAGAGCAAAAUAAAGCAUUGAUUUUACUUGCAGAAUGCUAAAAAUGGAUCCAGAUGGGAAGAGUCUUAAAAUUUUCCAUUACAUUUUGCAAAGUGAUGCAUGUGCUUUCAUUGUGUAUAUGCUACAUAAAAAGCCAAUGUCAGGAAUGAAUCUUAAAGUUAUUUUGGUUCCUGAGAGAAACAAGUUUGUCUUCCAGUCAGUGCCAACAGGAACACCAAUGAAAGUGCCAAUGUUUACGAGGUAACUGAAGCAAAGCAGACACAUUCAGGAGGAAACGUCACCUCUUGUUUCUCAGACAUGCUGAAGUGGACUCAAACAAAAAUUUUGGCAUGUGAUGUUUCUCUUUUUCUUUUUGUCUUUCUGUCUGGCUUCCAGUCUGCCUCUCUCUCUUCAGUACACUCACAGCUGAGUCCACUUCACGGGCAAAACUUGAAUCUAGCUGCCAAUCAAAACUAUGUUUUUCAUGAGACUAUUGUUCACAUUAUGACCAUGCCAAUGAUGCACUGGACAUUUUUAAUUUAGACAUACUAUUACAUAUUAUCACCUCAGAGGGUUUAUUUCGCUCUACGUUGUAUAUUUCACUUGUCAGCUCAAUCAUUUGUGAUGAUAUUCAGAAACAAUCGUAUGUGUCUGUGUGUGUCUGCCAUUUGUACAAACUACAAAUUGCUGAAAAAGAUUAAUAUUUUCUGAUCUGUUUAAAUGAGGGAGAAGGAGUUGUCGCCUUGUUAACUGAUGUAAUAAAAUGAUACUGUGUGA